UGUUUAUAAUUUAGAAACGAGAGAAGAUAGUGAUAUGUACAUACAUACAUAUAUACAUACGUACGUACGUUUAUACAUACAUACAUACAUACAUACAUACAUACAUACAUAUAUAUAUAUAAUAAAUCGAUUGUAAAAUAAUAUUUAACCUCUAAAAUGGCUAUCAUUGUUAAAAAUAAUAAUUAGAUACUAAUUUAUUGUUAUAUCAAAAUUUGACAAGUUACAAUAAAACAUGCAAACAAUUUGUAAACCAGAUCCCUGUUGUUGUCCACCGAUACCCGUUCCAUCAUGUCCACCACCAUGUUCGUCAACAACAAAAAUCAAGGAUCCAAGUUCAAAGUAUUACGAACAAAUUGGUGCGGAGAUGAUAGGUAAUCAAUUGAUCAUUCGUAUGGAAAAAGAUAAAUCCAAAUCCAAAAGAAAAUUAGAUCAAUGGGAUCCACCUUGUGAUUGCGACGUUAUCGAAAUACAAAGACCAACGAGUAAAUCAGGCCCUAAGGUUUUAAAUGCUAACAAUAAUAAUCGAGUUUUGUUUCGUGUACAAUCGAAGAGUCAUCUAGGUAAUAAGGAUGAUCCAGUAAAUAGAUCUCAAGCUAUUUCUUACGAGCUCGGGUCGUGCAAAGACGGUAAGAAUGACGAACAUCGAACUUUCACAUUUUAUCCUUCGUACGGUUAUCCUGGAUCGCAAGAGAUACAUACCGAUCAAAUCGUCGAAGGCAAUGAAAAUGUUUGUUUGUUGAGAAUCAAAAAGAAACCGGACACGAUGGAGAAAAUUAAAAGAAAUGUCGAAUUGGAACUUAGAACACCGAGACCACCUACGCCGCCCUUACCCAUCCCUUCUAAGAUUUCUAUUCGAAAAGCAAAACGACCGUCGGAUAAAACAGAAAAGAAGAAAAAGAAAAAGAAAAAGAAAAAGAAAGAAAAGAAAAGUAAAAAGUAAAAUAUUUUAAAACGUCGAAAUUGAUUUUAUAUAUUUUGUAUUUUAUAUUAAUAUUUUAAUUAUAUCACAUCGAUAAAAAAGAAAAUGUAUCUCACAGUACGAUCAUAUCUUAUGUCGAUUUAAU